AUGGGGUUUGGACGAAGAUGGAGGGGCUGGGUUGUGGAAUGUAUCAGCACAUGUUCUAUGUCAGUGUUGGUUAACGGAUCGCUUUCUAAGCCUUUUAAAAUGGAAAGGGGACUGAGACAAAGUGAUCCUCUGUCCCCCUUUUUAUUAGUUCUUAUUAUUGAUGUCCUGCACAAGAUGAUUGAAGAGGCUGUUAGAAAUGGCCGUAUAUCUCUGUUGUUGGUUGGAAGAGAUCAUAUCGAGUUGUCGCACCUUCAGUUUGCAGAUGAUACGAUUUUGUUCUGCCCACCUGAGGAAGAAACCAUUAAAAAUUACAGGAGGCUGCUUCGGGUGUUGGGAUGUAAGGAAGCAACUCUUCCAGUAAAAUACCUGGGAAUCUCGCUUGGAGCAAACCCCAGGUUGGUUAAGACUUGGAAGCCAAUUAUAGACAAAGUGGAGAAAAAGCUUAGCAUUUGGAAAGCCAAGGUCCUUAACAAAGCCGGUAAUGCAGGCGAAAAUGGUCCCGAAAGAUAUGACAAGCUAUAG